CGUUCGGGCUGCGGCUGCUGAGGCUGGUGGGCAAGGGGAGGUGGCGCAGGCCAUGUGGCCCACCCUGCGUUACCUGGGCGGUGCCUGCGGUCGAGCCCCAUGCCGCUUUGCUGGGGGCUUCCUCCGGGCAAGCGAGCGGGCGUCCCGGGGGCCCGGGCUUCUGUGCGGGGGUGGCCGCAGCUCCAGCACCAGCUCAUUUGAUAUAGUCAUCAUCGGGGGCGGAAUUGUGGGGCUUGCCUCUGCCAGAACACUCAUCCUGAAACAUCCCGGACUUUCAAUUGGUGUUGUGGAGAAGGAGAAAGAUUUAGCUCUUCACCAGACUGGACGGAACAGUGGUGUCAUACAUAGUGGAAUUUACUAUAAACCAGAAUCUCUGAAAGCUAAAUUGUGUGUAGAAGGCGCUGCCCUCAUCUAUGAGUACUGUAACCUCAAGGGGAUCCCCUACAAGCAAUGUGGCAAGCUAAUAGUAGCUGUUGAACGAGACGAAAUUCCCAGACUUCAGGCUCUGUAUGAGAGGGGUCUGCAGAAUGGAGUCCAAGGCUUGAGACUGAUCCAGCAGGAGGAAAUAAAAAAGAAGGAACCAUAUUGCAGGGGUCUAAUGGCUAUUGAUUGUCCAUAUACUGGCAUUGUGGACUAUAAACAGGUAGCUCUGUCAUUUGCCCAGGAUUUCCAAGAUGCAGGUGGCUCUAUCUUGAAAGGUUUCGAGGUAAAAGAUAUUGAAAUAGCUAAAGAAAGCCCUUCCAGAAGUAAGGAUGGGGUGGACUAUCCAGUUGCUGUCAGGAAUACUAAGGGAGAGGAAGUUCAGUGUCGCUAUGUUGUGACAUGUGCAGGACUUUACUCAGACCGUAUUUCGGAGUUGAGUGGCUGUAAUCCUGAUCCUCAAAUUGUCCCAUUCCGGGGAGAUUACCUGCUCUUAAAGCCAGAAAAAGGCUACCUUGUAAAAGGAAAUAUUUAUCCGGUCCCCGAUAGCCGCUUUCCUUUCUUAGGGGUUCACUUCACACCAAAGCUGGACGGCACUAUUUGGCUGGGGCCGAAUGCGGUGCUUGCCUUCAAGCGGGAAGGUUACAGACCCUUCGACUUCAAUGCCAGAGAUGUUACAGAAAUAUUUCUCAAGAGUGGUUUCAUUAAAAUGGUGCUUCAGCAUUUCUCUUACGGAGCAAAUGAAAUGUAUAAAGCCUGUUUCCUCAGUGAAACAGUGAAGCAUCUUCAGAAGUUCAUCCCUGAAAUCACCACCAACGAUGUGCUUCGAGGUCCAGCUGGAGUCCGAGCCCAGGCCAUGGACAGAAAUGGAAAUCUGAUAGACGAUUUUGUGUUUGAUGGAGGAGCUGGAGAUAUUGGAGAUCGUGUUCUUCACGUGAGAAAUGCGCCUUCCCCUGCCGCCACCUCUUCCUUGGCGAUUUCCAGAAUGAUAGCAGAUGAAGUGCAGCAGAGAUUUAAGUUAUGAACAAUGAAGGGAGCUGUGUCAUGUUCCCUACACAAGCAACGAGGGUGUGCCAGUUGUAUUUUUAAAUUAUAAUUUAAGAAAUUUAUUGUAAAACCAUACUUUUUAGGCUAAAAUAACCACUGACUUAUUAAUAGGAGAUAACAGAUAUAAUUUUUAAAAAAUUCUUAUGAGCACAGAAGUGAAGUGCUCUAUGCCUGUCCUGAAACCCCGAGUUUGUUAGAGAUUUACCCAGCCCACUGUGAUUUAGGAAGGGCUCCU